AUGUAUCGUCUCGAGCUGGCCGGUGGUCUGGGGGUCAUCUUGUUGCUUCUGGGAGUCCUGACUGCACUGUACAAGUGUUACAACAUGGAGAUCAUGCUCUGCUACAGGAGGCACUUUGGAAGUGAUGAAGCUGAAGACGAUAAUAAGGAGUAUGAUGCUUAUCUGUCCUACACUAAAGUGGACCUGGACUCUUUGGGCAGGUCGAGCAGCGACGAGGAAACAUUCGCUUUGGAGAUUCUGCCAGACGUUUUGGAAAAGCAUUACGGAUACAAGCUGUUUCUACCAGACAGAGAUCUUAUACCCAGCAGUACCUACAUUGAGGACUUGGCUCGCUGCGUGGAGCAGAGCAGACGUUUGAUCAUCAUUUUGACUCCAGAAUUUGUUGCCAAAAGAGGGUGGAGCAUCUUCCAGAUAGAGACACGCCUCCACUCUAUGCUCGUCACUGGGAGAUCAAGGUAA